UGUUGGCUGCCAUCUCCGAUAUAUAUAUACCCUCUACCAACAGACUAACUGCACUAUACAACUCCGACUACCCCCGCCGCUACCACCCUCCGACACCAUCGGCUCUGCUAUAACAGUCUGUAAAGAGGUUGACAUGGGAAACUGUCAAGCUAUUGAUAAUGCAAGUCUCGUAAUACAACACCCAAACGGGAGAGCUGAGAGGCUCUACACCAACAUCUCCGCCGCCGAGGUUAUGAAACUCAACCCUGGUCACUACGUCGCUCUUCUCCUCACCACCACCUUAUACUCUUCCCGUCCUCCGUCCUCCACCUCCGACUCCACCAAACAAACCGCCACGGCCAACUCCCAGCCCCUCCGUAUUACCCGUAUCAAACUUCUCCGCGCCACCGAGAGUCUUACCGUCGGCCAUAUUUAUAGACUCGUCACCACCCAAGAAGUAAUGAAAGGAUUAAUGGCGAAGAAGAAUGGGAAAACUAGUAGUAAUAUCAGGGUACUCAAGCCUUCAGAAGAAUCCGCCGGAAAAAAUGAAGAUUCAGCCACGAGAUCUAAUCAAUCAGAGAGAACCAGAACCCACAUCCAGAUGAAGAAAUCUGAGAAAGAUCGGCGGCGGACGGUGGCUCCGGCGAACUCUUCGGCUGCUGCAAUCAAACCAAGAGGAUGGCAUCCAUCGUUAAACAGCAUCUCCGAGGCAUCAAGCUAGAUUUAAGAAUCAGCAGCUCGCUCUGUUCAUAUUGACUCCUGAUGAAUCUCUAGUUUUUGUAUGACUUUUGUAGGUUUAUGAUAAUCAAUGAUUAAAAUUUCUUGAAGAUGGGAAAACUUUGAUGUUCUACGUUUGUUGGGUUAUAAGAAAUGCGAUGAACGUUCUUUGCAAUA